CAUUUGUCAGGCCACAAAUAUCAAUUCUCGUAACAUUACUGCUUGAAAAAAAACAUGCAGCGAAAAUUACUAAACACGCUGGGACGCGGCACGCGUCAACUCAUCCAUGGACAGCAGAUGCGUGCACUGUCAGUGUCGUCGCAGCAGCGGGAGAUCUUCAAAGUGCAGAGCGCCGAGGAUUUCGACAAAAAGGUGAAGAACAGCCAGACACCCGUGAUUGUGGACUUUUUCGCAACCUGGUGCAAUCCCUGCAAGCUGCUGACGCCGCGCAUUGAAAAUAUUGUGGGCGAAAAUGCUGGCUCCAUAAAGCUGGCCAAAGUGGACAUCGAUGAGCACAGCGAGCUGGCCCUCGACUACGAUGUUGGCGCCGUGCCUGUGUUGGUUGUGCUGCAGAAUGGCAAGGAGAUUAAGCGCAUGAUUGGACUCCAGGAUGAGGACAAAAUACGCGCCUGGGUCGCUGCCGCCGUGAAGGAAUCCAAGAACUAAGUUCAGCAGAAAAAAAUGGAGCCUAAGCUUUAAGUUAAAACUUCUUUGGACUUUCGAAAUAAAUGUUUAAUUACAACCGUUGCAACAACAAA